UCCUGUCAAUUCUUGGUGUUGAUAUCGUUUCUUGCCAUUCUUCAAUCUCCCCGUAAGUGGAAGACUUAGUGACAUCGCCAAUGGCCUUCAGUUUUGGCGGCACACCCGCCUCGGGUGCCACCUCGUCGGCUUUUGGCUUUGGUGGGGCAGGCGUAACCCCGGCCAAUUCCAUGACCACGGCCUUUGGUGGAGGAUUCGCCACCAACACGAGCAUGGCCCCGCCUGCUUUUGGUACGCCGGCCACUGCGCCGUCUUUUGGCAGCUUGGGCGGGACCAACACCGGGGCCUUCGGGGGCCUCAGCACGGCAAAUCGCCCGGGCGCCCUGAGUUUCGGUGGCGGCACGCCGGGCAGUAUGGCGGGCAGUAAUUUUGGCGGAUUUGGCGCUCCGGCAGCCAGUGGGUCGUUGUUCGGCGGCUCCAUGGCCAACACCGGCAGCAUCAGUACGGCCACUUCGGCCUUUGGCGGCACGUCCAUGGGCAUGGGGGCUCUAGGUACUCAAACUACGGGAGCUUUUGGCGGGAGUGGUGGGGCCUUUGGUGGCGGGUCCAGUUUCAUGGGAGGGGGUGGUUUAGGGUUGCCUAAGCCCGCUCAGCCUGCUCAGCCCGGGGGACUGUUUGGUGGUUCCAACUCGCUAAGUUUUGGCAGCGGCACCAAUGCCAGUGGACCCAUGGCCCCUGGUCUGGGUGGUGGUAUGGCCGGGACGCCCGUCUCCGUCGACCAAGUCCAACAACUGUAUAACGCCGUCCUCCAUUGCACCCUCUUCGGUGACGAGCGCGAUGCUAUUCUGGCCCGUUGGAAUAUGCUGCAAGCCUCGUGGGGUGUUGGCCGAGCCUUCUUUUCUAACUCCGCGGUGCCCUUGGCCUUGAGUGCGGAGAAUCCGUUGUGUCGUUUCAAGACCAUCGGCUACAGCGCCAUGCCCCGGGCCCGUAACGAGGAUGGGAUCUUGAGCGCACUCAUCAAGAAGAAACUGUCCGAGAUGGAGCCACUGAGCCAACAAGUACCCCAACAUCUUUUGGGUGUGCUAGGUCAGCGACCCGGCUUGAAAGUCAUCCUGGAAGGGAUGCGCUCGGCUGGCCCGGAUUCGACUGAACUCACGUUUCACGUCCAAGAAACUAACGGCCAAACUGGACAAACACGACGCAUUCCCGUAGACGAGAUCCACCCUUUCCUGAUGCAGCCCAUGCAAGUGCAAAAUCUGCAAAAACUUGGCAUCGAAUCCCUCACCCCCAAAGUGAGUUUCUCGAAAGACCAAAUCAAGGAAUAUCUCGACCAUCCACCCCAAGGUGUCGACCCUCGGUUGUGGAAGCAAGCCCAUCUCGAAAACCCCAACCCCAAGAGUCUCCUCCCCGUGCCCAUGAUUGGAUUCAAAACGCUUCAACAACGCAUUCAACGACAAGACCAUCAGGCCAAGACUUACCAAGGACGGCUCGAUGCGAUCGCCGGAGACAUAUCAGAUCUCCAGAAACGCCACCAAGAUGCCCAGGCCAAGAUGAAAGAGGUUAAGCGUCGCCAGUUGGAGUUAGGGCACCGAAUCUUGCAUGUGAUUGUCAAGCAAGAGGAAAGCCGAAAAAUCGGUUUCACCAUACAGCCCGAAGAGGAGAGGCUGCGCAUUCAGCUUGAGGCCCUCCAAUCGGAGAUCUCUGCUCCCACCCAAUUUAAGGGCCGACUCAACGAACUCCUGUCGCAAGUUCGUCUCCGUAGUCAGUCGUCCAACUCAUUUCAAAGCGGUUCGCAGACACCUCAAGGAGCCGGAUCCAUGGACCCUUUCUUAUUGCAAGAUGUCAAGCAGGUCUUGAAGCAACAACAAGACGCCAUUCAAGCCUUGGUCAAGCUCAUUACGGACGAUAUCAAGGAUCUUACUGUCAUCACAGACCAACUCGAUAAAGACGACAAUCAAACUGGGAAAUAAAACCACACAAAUACAUCCAGACGCACAACCCGCCAGUGGUACCGCCCGGCCGCCGAA